AUGAAUGGUUUCGUUCUCUGUGCAAAUUUUGAUAUCUUUGUGUUGGUGUUGGUAUGCCCAAAAAAAGAAUUAAAUAUAUACUUUUUAAAGUUGAUGUUGGUACGUGUCAAAAAAAAAGAAAUAUGUUAUGGUUGCUGGUGUCAGUUUUGA